AUGGCGCACAUCAGAAAUGUCCAGGCCACCAACAUGUUAUUCUCCUCGUGGGCCUUGGUCUUCUUGGUGACAGGAAUCAUCUUAGAACAGUGGGUUGAACUGAAGUUGGGGCCAGAAAAGCCUAGCCUACCCCACAGCCCGUGGAUAUGUUGCACUACUGAUUGGCCAGAAGGUGGCCUGAAGGUGGUCAGGGACAUGAUGCUUUUGGUCUUCAGCCUUUCCUUGCUUCAUAACCUGCUCCUGGGUUUGGAAUUCACCUAUAUGAUUCCUCAAACUAAACAUAUCCUCUUCAUGACUGCCUCCCUCAGUUUCUUCACAGGUGCCCUUCUGCUCUCUGCACUGGUACUGUAUCAACACCACCUAAGGCAAGCUGAAUCUGUGUAUCACUAUAGUUACAGAGUCACCUGGAACUUCUUCAUUGCCUACUCAACUAUUUUCUUCUUUAUUGCCUCUGGAUUCCUCUCUUUCCUACAGCACAAGCAGUCCAUGAAUAGCUCUGCCAGCCUCACCAUCAUCCCUGAAUCUGCCCAGGAAGAUCAGGUUAUGGAGCAGUCUGGGGCUUCCGUCAAAGAUCUUGUGUUACCAGCGGACGCUGCAGUGCCUCGCAGUAUUGUCCAUGUGCACGCCACACAGGCCAAAGACUCUCCAAGCAGAACGCAAGUCCAAGGCCGUCGUGUAACCUGGGCUCUGUGA